AAGUAGCCCCGCCCCACGGAGCCGACGUGUGGUGGCCUGGCCUGUCUUGGCCGUGGCACUGCCUGGACGCCUCCCUAGCUCAGUCAGUGCUGGACAACCAUAGUGGAGAGACACCAUGUUCCGCGCGGCCGUCCUCUCUACCCUACUGGCUCUUGCCACGGCGCAGUACAACGACUGCCCAGAACCAGAAGGGCUGCAGCUGUACCCUCACCCCACCAGCUGCAACGAAUUCUACAAAUGCGCCAACGGUUCCUUGACGCAUGAAGUCUGUGAGAAUGGCCUACUCUUCGAUGGCAAGGGUGGUGCUGUCCACAACCACUGCAACUACCACUGGGCUGUUGACUGCGGCGAGCGCGAGGCUGACCUGACUCCUUUGGGCAAGGGAAUCUGUGAGUAUUCCUUCGGCAUCUACUCCAAUGGACCAUGUGAGAUUGACUACACCUUGUGCGUCUAUGGUGAGCCCAAGUACGAGCCCUGCACUCCUGGCCUGGCCUACGACGAGAGGAUCCACGGCUGCAACUGGCCUGACCUCCUGGAGUACUGCAACCCUCAAGAAAUUGUUGGCUUCCAGUGCCCAGCAUAUGUAGACAGUAAGGACCCAGCUGCCAGGUUCCUGCCUCAUCCCCGCUAUCCCACGUCUGACUGUGGCCGCUACAUAGUCUGUGUGGAGGGCAACCCACGCCUGGUAGGCUGUGGAGACUACGCUGUCUUCAACCCUAACACCCUCACUUGUGAAGAACCAGACUUGGUCCCCCAGUGUGCAAACUACUUUAAGAAGUAAAUUUCUCCUUCAAGAAGAGGAAGCAGCAAAAAACAAGCAGAAGAAUAUGCAAGUCUCCAACAUUAGCUAAACCUUGCCCUCUAAAGAAAGAAAAGAUAAAUUUCUUUUGCCUUUGUCUUCACUCAAGUUACUGUAGUCAUUAGGUGAUAUUACUAAAUAAAACUGUCUUCACUCAAGAUACCAUAGUUAUUAGGUGAUAUUACUAAAUAAAACUAUUGCUUUGACCUUUCCAGUGCUAGAGACAGGUGGUUAGCAUGUGUACAGGAGUGUUGGUUUAAUGCCAAACUACAUUCACUGAAAGCUCUCAAGUCGAACGUGAUAUUAAUUUUAGCGAUACUACUUGAAAUCUCAAUAUUUUUGUAUGAAAUUUUAUAGUGCUACUUGUCUACCAUGUACUCCAGUCAUACUUCUUCUUGAAAUCUGACUUGAUUGCUGUACUUUCUUCAUUGAUGUGACUCCCUUCCAUCACCUUCAGCUUGUACCAUCCACUCACUCUUGGUAGGCCUGAAGUAACAGCAAAUACAUAUAUGUGGAUUCUAUGAAAUAUAUAUGAUUGGGUCUA